AUGCAUCAGAUGAAUAAGAAAGAUUCCACUUUGCCAUAUCUGAACACUAGCAUCUCAUGGGGAGUGGUUCCGAAUGAAACACUAAGCUUGAAGGUUGAUGCAAGGCCUGAACUUAUGCAAGCCACAAAGCAAAUCAGUUUUCAGGACCAGGAUUCAUCUUCAACUCAGUCCACUGGUCAAUCGUAUACCGAAGUUGCAAGUAGUGGAGAUGAUAAUCCUUCCAGACAAAUCUCUUUUUCAGCAAGAUCAGGAUCUGAAGAAACUCAGCGGAAGGGAUUUGCGACUCAUCCUAAAUCAAGCCCGAUGACAGGAUACCCGAAUAUUCACUUUGCUCCUACUCAGGCUAAUUUCUCCUUUCACUAUGCUGAUCCACAUUUUGGUGGUUCAUUAGCUGCAACUUAUCUACCAAAUGCAAUGACAUGCAAUCCCCAACUGGGGGGUAUGGUUCCUGGUCGAGUUGCUUUACCAGGGGAGCUCACGGAAACUGAGCCAGUCUUUGUCAAUGCGAAGCAAUACCACGCAAUUAUGAGAAGGAGACAGCAACGUGCCAAGCUCGAGGCUCAAAACAAACUAAUCAAAGCCCGUAAGCCGUAUCUUCAUGAAUCUCGACAUGUUCAUGCUCUUAAAAGGCCAAGAGGGUCAGGUGGAAGAUUCCUAAACACCAAAAAACUUCUUCAAGAAUCUGAACAAGCUGCUGCUAGAGAACAAGAACAUGAAAAGUCGAUCCAACAGGAAAACAAAAAGGCAAACAUGUCUAGAUUCGAAGCUCAUAUGCUGCGCAACAAAGACCGCUGCUCAACCACUUCCGGCUCAGACAUUACAUCUGUUUCCGACGGUGCUGAUAUCUUCGGACACACUGAAUUCCAUUUUGCAGGUUUCCCAACUCAGACGAACCGAGCAAUGCUUGUUCAUGGUCAAUCUAAUGACAUGCAUGGAGGUGGGGACUUGCACCAUUUCUCUGUCCAUAUCUGA